AUGGUCAAAUUCCGGUUAGAAAUUGUAUUGGGUUUACAUGGCAACACUUUGGUAGCUGGGGGCAUGGAGACUGCAGAGGUGGGCUCUGUGAGAAGACGGUUCUGGCUCCAGAGCAGAGACUUGCCUGUAGCCCAUGAAAAUUUUGGAAGCAUCCUUGAUGGAGCAGGUGAAGUGCCUAUUACCAUCACCAUCGAACCAUCAGUUGUCCUUGUUGAAGAACAAGUGGCUCUGUCCUGCCAGCUGACAGACAGCGUCCCCUCUGACACAACUAUUGGAUAUAAGCCAACUUUAGACAGGAAUCUGCAAGAGGAGAAUAUGUGUCGCUACACGUGUAAGUCAAAAAAAUGGUACCCAAAGCCUGAAGUCAUUUGGAUGAACUAUGGAGGGGACACAGUAUAUGUGGAGGCCAAGACCAAUGUAACCUGGAGUGAGAGAGACCAUUUCACAGUGCAAAGCAUCAUCACAUUGCCUUGUGAGAACGUAGAUGUGGUGUGUGUAGUCAAACUCAUCAAAUCCGAGAUAAGCCGAUCAGAAAACAGGAACUUGUCCUGGAUUAUCUGCCUCCUUGUUGUCAUUAUUUUACCAGAGAACAAGAAGAAAGAAAUCGAAAACCAGAAGGAAAUUGAGAACCUGAAGAAGGAGAUUGAUGACAUCAAGGUUGAUGGCGACACAGCCCAUCCAAAUUUGUCUGUUGCUGUGGACAAGAAGAGUUUUAUGCAUAGAUCACAGGCCCAGAAAGUGACUCAAAAUGAAGGGAGUUUUGAUUCAUCUGUCUGUGUGCUGGGCUCAGAAGGUUUCUCCUCUGGGAAGCAUUACUGGGAGGUGGACGUUGAAAAAAGCAAUGACUGGGACCUGGGAGUAGCCAGAAAAUCUGCCCCGAGGAAAGGAGUAAUGUCUCUGUCACCUAAAGAAGGAUUCUGGGCCCUGGGCUUAUGUUUCAAAGGUUACUGGGCAAGAACGGAUCCAUGGACACGGUUAGUAGUGCAGAAAAAUCCCAAGAAAGUUGGAGUCUACCUUGAUUGUGAAGAGAAAAGCUUGACUUUCUUCAAUGUGACUGACAUGUCUGUGCUAUUCACUUUCAAAGACUGUGCAUUCUCAGAAGAAUUAUUGUGUGCAAAGUGA